UUAACUAUUUUUAUCGCAUAUCUAUGUAACCCAUACAAAUCACAAUUAAUUGAUAUUUAAAUAUCUCAACACUCUUUUCUACAGCAAUGAUAACAACUACAUCCGGCCAUAAAUUUUUGUAGCUACCGGCGUGUCACACUACUUAUCUCAUCGCACGUGAGAUACAUCCGGAUCAUGUAUUUUUCUUUUUAUGGCCGGUGUCUGACCUAAAUUUAAAUGUCCAACGCUUCCUUAAUCAUCAUCGUUCACUGUAUAUAUAACAGCCAGUGGUGGACGAGCGCGAAGAUUGGCAUUAAACUUUGAAGAAAACUAACCAAACAUUGUGGAAAACAAUAAUUUAAUUGCUGUCCACAACAAUAGUUUAUUGUAUAAAACAAGUUCGUAAAGAGUCUGCUAAUUGAUAUCGUUGUCUAGUAAAAAUGUUGUUGAUACUUUUCAUCUUAGGUAUUGCUACAAUUCAUGGACUACCAGCCGAGUCAAUCGAACAUAUUACGAAAAUCGUGGGAGGUAAUCCUGCCGACGAAGGGCAGUAUCCUUAUCAAGCAUCUCUUCGUUAUAACGGUCGUCAUUUCUGUGGAGGAUCUAUAAUAAAUAAAUGUUGGAUCCUUACAGCAGCUCACUGCUUGUCCAGUUUUAACGACACGGCCGUCACUGUUGUAUUGGGCACGAAUACUUUGGAUGCAGGUGGUGAUGAAUAUCCCUCGAUCAGGAGAUGGGUGCAUCCUUUUUAUAAUCCCGCCCUUAUCAGACAUGACAUUGGAUUAAUUAAGUUAAAAAAAGAAAUCGUUUUUGGAGAUAAAGUGAAACCGAUUGCAAUGCCCAGCCAAAACUUUGAGAAAUCCGAUUAUCCAGCAACGUUGUCCGGCUGGGGCACUACCAGUUAUCCGGGGAAUGCGCCGAACGAUCUGCAGCACAUCCAACUCACAGUCAUCAAUCAAAAACAAUGCUUGAGCACUAGUUAUCGGAACACCAACAACAAUAUCUGCACACUUAACAAAAAGGGCGAGGGUGCCUGUCACGGUGAUUCUGGCGGUCCUCUGGUAGCCGAUAAUGUACAGAUCGGCGUGGUAUCCUGGGGAACACCCUGCGCUAAAGGAAAUCCGGAUGUAUUUACACGAGUCUACGCCUAUAUGAACUGGAUCAAUAAAUAUACACAAGAUAAUAAUUGUUCAUAAAUGAUAACGAAUCGAAUACUCCUUAUAGUUAUUUACCGGAAAUUUACCGGAUAACGAUAAAUACAUAUUGUGUUAAAAAUUAAUUCUCAGCAAUAAGAAGAUAAUUACCAAAUAGUAGAAUUAAUGGCAAUUUUAUUUCUAUCGUAAAUUCACUUUCCAUAUAACAUUUAAGAUCUUUUGAAAGUAAUUCGUGUAAUUAUGCAUGUUUGUGUCGGACAUAUAUAAUAAAUAAAUUUAAGGAUAAUUUUCUUCGCGUUAUUUAAAUCCUCUCUAAUUUCCAUUUCCUGCAGUAACA